AUGAUUUCUGUCCUAAGUCGUUUGAAAGACUUAAAACGUAGAGGGGCAGGAGUGCAAACCUUCACGGACAAAAUGCAUGUAUUCAGCUCUGUCGUUGCACUAUACUCCCUAUCCGCCGACACAGGACUGUUCUUUGUUUCUGAGGACGGACAUCCAACAACCGGCGUUGAACGGAAGAGUAGGGAGUUUUGCACCGGGGAUGGGACAUCAACUGCGGACAGUGGAAGGAGAAGAGCUAUGCAGCGCAUUACAGAUAUAGCGGCAGGGGGUGAGGCAUUUACUUGCUGUGUAAUGAAUGACGGUCUUAGACAGAGCUACCCCGGUGUUAAUGAGACCGCUUUCCCCAAGAGCAAUGGAGAAGCUGGAGAAAUCAGCAUAAGGCAACGGAAAGAGAAGUUUAUCGCUCUUACCGCAAAACCAAAGUCAAAGAUACCCAUUACUGGCAACCAAGUGGAGGCAAAUCAAAAUGGGAACAAUCAAAGAGUUAGAUCAAAGCUUUAUGACGUCGCCUACUGCUUUCGCGCCUCAGGUUGGAGAAGAAAUGACUCGAGCCUGUCGCAUGUCAAAAGCGCCUGGGAAAAUACAACGCGUUUGAUUGCCACUAUAUGGCACAGCGAUUCCGUUCGGAAAAGCCCGUGGGCACAACGGAACGUCCACUUUAUCCCGGUCAACCAUAAGGAUGACAGAGACAUUAUGUCUUUCUCGACACCCUGCCAGGACAUGAUUAAAGUAUACACGCUAUGUCCUCGAGAACAAAUAGGAGUCGUAGAGUACCCCGUUUCCGUUCAAAGAAUUUGCUCAGAACGCCGGUCCGUCAACGUAGGCCCCAUCGCUACCCUUGAGGAACAAACGAAUCACGAAUGUCCUCCUGUUGUGGUUCAGCUCCCAUUUCUCUCCGAAAAAACAGAUCACUGGAGGGCCGUGGUCGUAGAAAAGUAUUGA